UCCUAGGUUCUUCGCCAUGUCCGGACGCGGCAAGCAGGGCGGCAAGGCCCGCGCCAAGGCCAAGACCCGCUCGUCCCGGGCUGGCCUGCAGUUCCCCGUGGGCCGCGUGCACCGGCUGCUGCGCAAGGGCAACUACUCGGAGCGGGUGGGCGCCGGCGCCCCGGUCUGCCGGGCCGCCGUGCAGGAGUACCUGCCGGCCGAGCUCCUGGAGCUGGCGGGCAACGCGGCCCGCGACAACAAGAAGACGCGCAUCAUCCCGCGCCACCUGCAGCUGGCCAUCCGCAACGACGAGGAGCUCAACAAGCUGCUGGGCCGCGUCACCAUCGCGCAGGGCGGCGUCCUGCCCAACAUCCAGGCCGUGCUGCUGCCCAAGAAGACCGAGAGCCACCACAAGGCCAAGGGUAAAUGAUUUUGGCAGCCAUCAGAACUUCUGGAGGCGCUUUCAAAACCAAAGGCUCUUUUCAGAGCCACCACCCUCUCAAAGGAAGAGCCGAACGCAGUGUAUAGGAGAGUUCGUUACUUUACUCCAAAUUAAAACGUUAUCCCAUGUAAAUAUCUAUUACCAUGUAACUGCGCAAGUAUUUUGCAGUCAGUGCGCAUUAAAAUUCAGCGCACAGAAGCUGGGUGUGAUUGUGCAUGUCUUUAGACCUGCAGCACUCUAGACGCACAGGCAGUGGAUCUCUUGAGACCGCGGCUAACCUGGUCUACACAGCAAGUUCCAGGCCAGCUCGGGCUACAAACCGACCCUGUCUCAAAGAGACAAAAACUUAAUGAAUAGAUGUAUAACUGAAAAACGGACCCCACCCCCCAUAUAAUCUCCCAGCUGGACAAUAGGGUAACCUGCUGCCUCGUUUUAAAUAUGUUUUUCCAAUUUUAAUUUAAUGUGCCUAAUCUAUUGCCCUGCAGGAUAGUGCAUUACAUGCUGUAGGAUUUCCAGGGAAACCACAUGCCAGUUUUCCCACUUUAUGAACUGGGGAAAUUGGGUCUCAUGGCCUCUGAACUGCCAAA